GAGAAGAUGGCGGCGCUGGGAGAACCUGUACGCCUGGAGAGGGAUAUUUGUAGAGCAAUUGAAWUGUUGGAAAAACUACAAAGGAGUGGAGAGGUACCACCACAGAAACUUCAGGCUUUACAAAGAGUCCUUCAAAGUGAGUUCUGCAAUGCUGUAAGAGAGGUAUAUGAACAUGUCUAUGAAACUGUAGAUAUCAGUAGCAGUCCUGAAGUGAGAGCUAAUGCAACUGCAAAGGCUACUGUUGCUGCGUUUGCUGCCAGUGAAGGACAUUCUCAUCCUCGAGUUGUUGAGCUACCCAAAACAGAAGAGGGACUUGGGUUCAAUAUUAUGGGAGGCAAAGAACAAAACUCUCCAAUCUAUAUAUCUAGAAUAAUUCCAGGUGGAAUAGCUGAUAGGCAUGGGGGCCUCAAACGAGGAGAUCAACUUCUUUCUGUUAAUGGAGUGGURAGGAUGAAUUUUAUUUAUAUUUGCAGUAAUGUGCUAUGACCACUUGGGGGUGCCU